UCGGCCGAGAUUAGAACUCAAUAAUCAAAUAUGAAUAUUUUUAAUACGGUUUUUAUUGCUAUGUUGUGGAUUAUUCCCACAGCCUCUGUAGAUCAGAACAACAUCACAGCUGAGUCAGGACAGAACAUCACUCUGACAUGUCGAGCUCCAGAUGAUAAAAACAAUGUUGUAGAGUGGAGCAGAGCUGACCUGGAGACAAAACAGGUCCUUGUGUACCAAGAUGAGCAUUUGGUUUCAGAUGAUCAGCAUCCAUCCUUCAAGAACCGGGUGGAUCUGCAGGACAGACAGAUGAAGGAUGGAGACGUUUCUUUGAUUCUGAAGAACGUGACGACUACUGAUGGAGGAACAUAUGAGUGUCGCGUCCUUAUGGAGCAAAGCAGCUCACCAGAGCUCAUCUGCAUCGUCUACCUGAGAGUUGUUCCUCCUCCAGGUCCAGGAGGAGGAACCACAGAGGAUGGAGGGAAGAAGGAUGGAAGGAAGGAGGAUGGAGGGAAGGAGGAUAGAUCUGCUGGAAUAGUUAGUUUGUGCUUAAUAUUUCUGGGUGGUUUUAUUAUAAUUGCAACUAAACUUUACUUGACCUGGUCUUCAAUUAAACAAAAAUUUGAGACAACAUUUAAAGCAGGACGUCCUGCACGGUCAUCUGUUAUUGAUAUUUAAAACUGACAGACAUAUACAAAACCUUGACCUUGAAGAUAAAAUGAUGGUCUUGGGCCUUUAAGGAGUAUGUCGACCGAAAAAAAAGAUUUAGAUUAUCGUCGGUUCCAAGUGAACCAAAAAAAAAAAAAAAAAAAAAAAACCCCUCCCUGAAUUGCCACCUUAUCGUGGUGGACGGGUUUGUGAGCUCAGACGAUCCUGGGAGCUGAGUUGUCUGGAGCGUCCAGCUCCUGGUAGGGUCUCCCAUGACAAACAGGUCCCAGAGGAUGAGCCAGACUAAGAGCAAUUCACAUGACUGCAGCAUUUAUCAGUAUUUACACUGUAAAUGCUUUAUUUGUUUUUCAGAGUUAAACUGUGAUUAUAAUUGAAACUCUUAUGAAACUCUUGACUUUGUUUCUUGUUCCAUUGACCUGUCAGAUAAGAAAUUAAAUGAGGUUAUAUUUUCCAUGUGUGUGUUUUUUGAAAAAGCUGGAAGCAGAAAUGAAGUUGAAAACAAAAUAUUAAAGUUUAUUAGCCCACUCAA